AUGCUGGAAUCGUUUACAGACGACGAUCCCUCCGAGCUACCUGACUUGGCGGUGGCCAUCGAUGCUGGGGAAGUACUCGGGGAAGAGGAUAUUUUCUUGAAGCAUUUUGAAGACUUCAUGAUGGAGAUGGGGCAGGCCGAAAUGGAUGAUGCAGAUGUACUGUUUCCGUCUGGGGACUUGUUCACCGAUCUGGCGUCGCCUAUAUUCCGACCAGAGGCGUUGGCAAUACUGCAAACCAAGACCGAGACCGUCGUCAACGACCUGCACCAGCUUCAUCAGUCACUCGCCGCAUACGACGCAUGUUAUCGCGGUUCAUUCGACAGACCUACCGCGAAAGAGGUGCUCGGGCCCGAGAGCAUCAUUCGCUUCGCAGCAACCUACUUCCAUCUGAGCCACCACCACAUCCCUAUUGUGCAUAGACCUUCAUUUGGCUUGCCCGAAACCUCAACGACGCUGCUGCUAGCCGUGGCGCUCGCAGGAGCCCUACGGUCGCCGCCCCGAGACGACGCCCUUUCCGUGCGGGCGUUGGCGCGAUUGUUCGAAGAGUACAUUUUCCUCCGGCUUGCGGACAUAAUGUCUACACAUGAAGCUUCAGUCGGAUCGCUGAACGACAACGAUCUCUUGGGAACGGUACAGGCGGCGAUUCUGGUCAACAAUGUGCAGUUCAUGAACAAUGACGUGGCGACUCGGCGGAGGAUACGGACGCAGAGACUGCCUGCCUUGGUAGCCACGGUCCGACGGCUUGGACUGUUCGCGAUGAGACACUCCCCCGACACGGACUGGGCGCAACAUGUCCAAGAACAAAGCUGUAUCCGGAUUGCCCAUUGGACAGCAAUGGCCGACUGGCACCAAAGCAUCAUGUUUCAUAUGCCGCCGCUCGUUGCCAUCUCUGAGUUGAUUGGGGAUAUGCCCGAGGCGGUCGAUGCGUGGGACGCAGACCAGCUUUCGGAACCUGAGGUUCAAGACCGUCACGCAGGAGAAGCGAGAGUGCAUGCCGGCCUGCGUUCUAUCAGUGAUUACGUCCGCGUUCUGAUGCAAGACCGAAUUGAAAACUGGCAGGCCGCUGCUCUGCGUUGCGUGUCCAUGUCGAACAUGUAUCUGAUCAUUACGGGAAGCAUUUCGUCCGUCACGAUGAGGAUGCUCGGCAAAGGUCUGGGCGCGUGGGCAUGUCUGGCACUAUGGGCCAGACGCAGCUACGCCGUGCCGCCGACGCCGGCUCCCGAACCACGAGAGAUGGUAUUCGAGCAUGGCAUGGGUGCCCACGACGUUGUCUACCAUAUAACCAUUCCUCAAUUCGCCAACGAACCCCUCAUGCACUUCCCGACUGUGACUCCCGCCCAAGUGCAGCGACAGGGUGGAAUCCAGGAGCUGGAUGGAUACGCGUUGCCCCGUCUGCUACUGACCAGCAGUAACCUGAGUGAGGUUCUCGAGCAAGGAGCGCACAAUCCGGGCUCGUGGAUCUACGAGCUGGCCACUGGACCUCACAUGAUAGAGUCGGGGGCUAUCAAUGCUGAUCCAGACGCUGAGCCGAGGCAUUACCUGGCUGUUGGAGGCAUCGUCUGGUCGCAAAUCAUAAGCUUCGCCGUCACAGACGGGCAGGACAGGGCAGAAGACCUCGAAUGGCAGGUAAACUCCGCAUAUAACAAUACGUGGGAGCGGUUCGGGGCCAGUCAGUGGCAGCCGAUAUUCGGAGGCGAUGGCCCAGGAGCAGCCGAGCAGUCAGAGAGGCUUCAACGCCUCGCUGCAGAUGAGAUGGACCCCUAUGGCGAGUUUCUGGACGAACUAACGGGCAAUUAUAAUCCGGCCUUAGACGACGCGCAGCGCCAGACGCUCCGAGAGCUACUCGACUGGGACCGAACACAUUUCCCCGCCCGCACAUGGCCCCUAGCCCGCCAGAAUAAUUGGGGCCUCCCGUCGGCGAUCGACGUCGUCCGCCUACUGCGAUUCCUCGCAGGGCCGCACUUCUCGGGGGCUAGAUAUACCAUGGCGCUCGACGGCGUUGAUCCCAGAGGCAAGUACACGUCGUUGGCCACUAUACCUGCGUGGCUGUCUGCGAAACACCGCACAAGCAGGGGCAGUGCCCGGCAUUCGUCGUGCCACGGGAUCGCUGAUGAGCAGCAGGACUCGGUCGGCCCGAUCAGGGCUGGCUACCUCCCAACCAGGCGAGAAUGGAACGCCUAA